CUUUAGUCGCGUUGUCCCGCUCAGCACGAGCAAACGGUUGUCGAUUUCAGCACGGGACAGAUCCUGCACCCUCUCACCGCAAUAUGGCGACAGAGUUCCAUAACCUCCAGGAGCAGAGGCACAGUGCAUCACUGGUAACAAAGGUGUUUAUACAGAGAGACUACAGUGAAGGAACCGUCUGCCGCUUCCUGACCAAGUUUCCCUCGGAGCUCGACAACAGGAUUGAGCGAACCUUGCUUGAGGAGACGGUGAAGACUCUGAACUCUUACUACGUGGAGGCUGAAAAAAUUGGAGGUCAGUCAUACCUGGAGGGAUGUCUGGCUUGUGCAACAGCUUAUAUCAUCUUCCUCUGCAUGGAGACACGCUAUGAGAAGGUGCUGAAGAAGAUAUCAGGGUACAUCCAGGAGCAGAAUGAGAAGAUCUACGCUCCCAGAGGUCUGCUGCUCACAGACCCCAUAGAGAGAGGAAUGAGGGUCCUAGAGAUCAGUGUGUUCGAAGACCGGGGCUCAGGCAGCUCCAGUCCCAGCAGCAGCAUGUCAUCAGCAGGCAGCACUGCUCGGUGACUGGAGGGGCAGCGCCAGGUUUACGGGUACCACCACAGGGGCAGCGGGACGCUUACCAACAUCCGCAUGCUGAAACAUGAGAGCACCAGGUUCUAAGAUGAGUGUAGAGGACAAGGCGAGGAGGUGAACCACAGCAUUCACACUCUCCCUGCUGGGGCCUGCGACGCACCACCUUGAAAACAGGAGCUGGCUUACAUAAACACAUUGGAUAUGCAACAGAAUAAAGUGGAAGAUCAACAGAAUCCACAUACAGGCAGUUGACACAUGUACAAGCCAACAUCCAAAGUGUCUGUAAGGGAAUAUCCUUCACUCUCCAACAGUUAUCCAAUCCAAAAUAAUCAGAAUUUCUUUUACUCCAGUUUUUCCAUUCACAUUUUGUCUCAUUCCAUCACGUCUGUUUCCAUGAGUCACACCAUGUCUGUCGUAUAGCUGAUUCAGCAGGCUUACCCUUGAUUAGAUGGGACGUCAAUGCUUGAUUGUUUUCAUGGGGGUCACUGACACUAUGUCUAUCUGCUGACGCACUGGAAGUGUACAGUGCGCAGCAGCUCUGAAACCUGGAAAGGAGGCAAACUACCAGCCUCCCGGGAGAGCCAGUGUUCUCUAGUCUUGCUGAAUGAUCGCAUUCAUGUCAGGUGGGUUGGGGUCAAGCUGCUUUGAAUGCUGGCAAAUUGGGCCUGCUGUGGGAUCGCUUGAUUCUAUGCUCUGUUCACAUGCAUUUGGCUUCAGUAUCAAACAGCCAACAGAAAACACCUUUGAUUAUUUAUCCUACUCAUUCACGGCAGUGGAUACUGGUGAUCCACAUCACAGCUGUAGGUCAGCUGUAGUACUCAUACACACACAUACUAUUGAGAGACAUGCAUGCACAUGCAUACACAAGUACACACGCUUGUGACUUGUGGCCAUGCGUUCCUGUGCACACACAGAUUCUGGCAGACGCGGGGUUAUGGAGUCGACCAAGCCAGACAAUAUUCUCUGUGGUCUCAGCUCAUUGGGAACGCAAGCAAACCCAGGCCCUGUAAGACCGUGCGAGCGUCCCUGCCAGUGUGCUCAUGUAUCUGCUGUGUUGUUGCUGUGCAUGUGUCUGUGCUGUCAGUCCCAGCCUCUGCUAGUGUGAGAUGAAAGCUUGCUGAUCAUCAAGGAGACAUCAAAGGACAAGGAUAAACCCACUAAAUGAGAACCAAACACACUCUGACACUUUUGGUUCUGAGAAGACAGUGUGGGUUGUUAUCCCUGCAGCUGUAUGGGUGUUGAUCAGAGAAUUAGUUCAAAACCUGCACAUCUGUUGGUCUGUCUGCUGAUUAUUUGUUGAUUAAAUCAAAUCAGCAUUAAUAAAACACAUCUAGAAUGUAUUUGACAUGCACACAGUAUUAAGAAAUGACAACAUAUGCUGAGGCAGAUUGUUUCAAAUUUCUUAUUUGUCUUCAAGUCUUUCAAUUCAUUACAACCAAAUCUGUCAUUUGUCUGAGAUCAGUUUAUAUGUCACUUUGACAGUAAACCACAGUUGUAGCUCCCUCUAGGGUCAGGGUGAGGAAGUAAUACAGUUUUGAAAAGUCACCAUAAAGCUUGUGACAUUCAAACCAUUCUUUGCUCUUUGAUUAAACACAAUAUUCAUAUAAUGUUGUUUGGUCACAAUACUGUGCUGCGCUGCAGCUACAUUUCAAAUGCAAUAUCUUCAGUGCAUACAAGACAAUGCAGACUGAGGAGCAUAGAUUCUGCCUCACUUUGUGGGUGGAGACUAACGAUGUUGAUGCCAGUAGACAGCACACCCACGCACAAUGUCUAACAAAAGACAAGACCUCCUGAAAAAAGUAAGCCCUGUUUCAGUGUCUGCAUAUUUUAUAUCUGUUGUCACAGCUUCUGUCUUCCUCUUUCUUUUUCCAUUCUUAGUUUUGUUUUCUUUUAACACGACUCAUGACAUUAUCUCUUAAUUAACUCUGGUUGUGUAGCCCUUUGCCUCUUCAUUACUCACAUACUUUGCUAUGAGGAAAACCCUCAGCAGAUCCCCUGCCUUGUGUAGAGCAGUGUCAAGUUGAAGUUAAACUCACUGGAGAUUUACUGUAGAAUCUGAAGGUGUUUUGCUUCAGUCCAGUGGAUGGUUUAAUUUCAACGCAGCAUUUUAUGCCUGGACAGAUGAGAUGAACCUACAAAGGCAUUUUACCACAGCAGUUGAAUUCAGUCGUGCUUGUGUUCAGCCUCCUGUGCUUCUUGAUGCCUUCAUGUUUCAUCCCAGUGGAAUGGAUACCCAGCCUGGGGCUGAUGGACUGAUCACUUUAAAAAUGACUCAAGACUGCCAAUAAGCAAAUAAAGGAGCUUACUGGACAAUGUAUAAAGGAAAAAUAAAAAACAAUAAGUGUGUAGGAACUG